AUGAGUUUCAAAGAACAAGAAGGAGCUGAGUAUGACAUAAAUCGAAACACAAGCGGAAUACAAAAGAGCGAUGGUAAUGGAAGGAAACAGCAGUCUGUGGACAAAUACUUCAGCCUAAGGUACAAUCCUAAUUGGAAGAACACAAGAGAGGCAGCAAAAUUUGCCGAGGCAGAAAAAACACGUCAAAUUGCUGGAGGAAACAGUGUGGACUUUCCACAAGAUUCGUUUUACCUCCAUUCCAGUGACUCCCCAGAAGAAAAUAAUCAACAGAAGGCAAAGUCACAAGAUUCAUUCUCAGCAGUUGGUACAGAAUUACUAAACUUUCAUAAACGAAAUGCCGUGGUCAGCAAUGAGCCUUUUAGGCUCCAUACCAAGGGGAAGGCAUCUGCAGAUGGCUGUCAUUUCAAAGGCAGUCCCAGUACAUACAGCAAGGCUUUUUCUCUUCGGAUUCAACAAGAUCAGCCACAAAGAGCAAAAAAAGACUUUGUGGAAAAAAAUAAACGGACUUUAGGAUUAUGUUCAGAGAAGAUAAAUUCCUAUCUUCAAUUACACAAUAAAAAGCAAGGAGUUCUUCAAAAGCAGGUUGCAGAUCCUAAAACUGUUGAUGAGGAACCAGUUCAGAGUGUCCUACCGUUCCAGACCGGGAAAAUGAAGCCUGAAGACAGAUGGCACCUGAAAUCACAGCAGCUCAAGGAUCAUCAAAAUAAGUUGUCCCAGAAAAAUAAAAGAAAACCCAACCAGAGUCUCAAAAGGAGAACUUUCCAAAGGAAUGAUAACCAACAACUGACAGGAAUACCAGCAGAACCAAAGUCUUGGCACCACAGGCACAACCAAAUACCAGAACUUCAGCCUGGUCCCAUGCUGCCAGUGGAGCAAGACAACAGCAGCACACUGCAGAAAUGGCUGUAUCCAAGUCCUCAUCUUGGCCCUGACACUAAUACAGCAGCAAAUUCAGAUACUUACUUGAAUAAUUUCCCAAAUUCAAGACAUUUUGAGAAAAAGAAAUAUGAGCAUGUUUCUCCAAAUGGACAUCUACAUGACCAGCAACAUUUAUACAACCGUGCCACUGUGCUUUUUGCAAGAGAUAACAGUACCAAUGGUCAAGCACAUCCCAAUCAGAGGAAUAUUUCGUCUGCUUUUAAUGCCAAUUCUCAAGAAUUGAUGAAGGAACAAGUACCACUUCAGGAUUGCAAAAGACAUAUUUAUGCAGAUAAAAGGCUUUCUCAAUCUUCUUUUCACAGUUUACCAACAGCCCCUUGUGCAACCUUCCAAUCAACACAAACAGUGGAGCCACAUCACCAAGAAAUCACUUGUUUGACAGAAGCUCACUUAGCUGACAGGCACUUGUUCAGCCAACUUCCAGCUGUAAUCCCAGAAGGAGGAAGUGGUUCAGAGGUAGAUCCAGAGAGGGGUGAAGGAAAUCAAGAGAAAAUGAGCCAAAGCAACUCAGAAAGAUCUCUCAUGCAAAUGGAAAAGCAAAAACAGCCUAAAGUCAGCAAGAAGCCACGUAGCUCAAAAACCUACAUAAACGUGAAUGUGAAGCUUGGAGGCCUUGGUCCUGACUAUGAAGCAGUCAAAGAGAAAAAAGAGAAGUUAAGGCAACAAAAAGAAUAUGCAAAGAAAGUUAAGGAACACAAUAUGAAAAGUGUUGCUUCAGUUCAGAGGUUACCUACAAAGCCCCAGGUCCAAUCUUCAGUUUCAAGACAGAAGGCACUGGAAUAUGCUAAGAAGAUUCCUAGACCAAAGAUUUACACAGCAAGACAAUCAGAGGAAGAGGCAAAAGAGAAAAAAGUUCUGCCACAGACUUUAAAUGGUGACCAUUUACCUCAAAUUGCAUCCUUGGAAGCUUUGCAAAGUAGGCAUGAGAAGGAGAAGCAAGUUGUAGCUGCUUUCAAAACCCUUCAUAUCUUACAAGU